UUUUCUGUUCUUAUGACGUUUUUAGGCAUCAUAUUUGUAUAAUAUUUGACAUUUGUCACUUCUCUGUUGUUUCAUAAUCGGCCUGUCACACAAAAUUGUUUCCGAAACCCGUGACUUAACAGUGGAAUGUGCGGGGCCGCCUUGAAACGGGGGCGGGAUUUUAUUUAUAUUUUCAUUUCAGCCUCCAUGUUGCCCGAGCUGCGACCAUUUUGAAAAAUCUCUGUUUUUCUGGUCGCUAUUUGUGGGCAACACGGCGAAGAUCGGGACAAAACGUCGCGGGACAAGUAUCCAGAUGGACAGUACGUCCAUCAUCACACAGGUUAGCCGGGAUGAGGAGAAUUUAAACCCGUUCCCGACCCCGGAAAAAGUUGGAACGGGAAGAAGGGACCAGUUUCUCAGCCAUCACGCAGCCGCUCCCGUGACAACAGUUGCUAAGAAACGCCACCGCAGCAUCUUCGGGUCCCUCCUGUGCUGUUUCCGGGCCAACAGUAGCCACACCCCUGCCACUCCCGGCCAACCUGAGGAAAAUGGCAGCGCGAAGGUCCCACAGAAGUAUUUGCUGCCGCCGGUGCGUCACCAGGAUAUGCACAAGAAAUGCAUCGUCAUCGACCUGGAUGAAACCCUGGUGCAUAGCUCCUUCAAGCCUGUCACCAAUGCAGAUUUUAUAGUUCCUGUUGAAAUUGAUGGAACAGUACAUCAGGUUUAUGUACUGAAGAGGCCGUAUGUGGAUGAGUUUCUCCAGAAGAUGGGAGAAAUGUUUGAGUGUGUGCUGUUCACAGCCAGUCUGGCAAAGUAUGCAGACCCUGUAGCAGACCUGCUGGACAAGUGGGGCGUGUUCAGGGCACGUCUGUUCAGGGACUCCUGUGUUUUCCACAGGGGGAACUAUGUAAAGGACCUCAGUCGGUUAGGCAGGGACUUGUGCAAGGUUAUAAUUGUAGAUAACUCUCCUGCUUCGUACAUAUUUCACCCUGACAAUGCGGUGCCCGUAGCAUCGUGGUUUGAUGACAUGUCAGACACUGAGCUCCUGGACCUCAUCCCCUUCCUGGAGGGCUUGGCCAAAGUGGACGACGUUUACUCCGUAUUAAGGCCCCAAAACCACCACGUCUCUUAGAUAGCACCGCAACCGGGGGAAGGGCAGGGAGGGGGGUUUGUAGAUACAGGUUUUCUUACAACGUACUGCAUGGUGUACUCUCCAGGAUAUGGUGUAUACCGUAUACAGGGUGGUAUAUCGGCGCCCAGGAAGAUAGUCUAGGCUCUGGUAGCCAAUGAGAUUGUCAUAUCCAAUUAAUUAUACGGAAAUUAGGAAACCGACUUUAAAAUGUUUUUCCAUGUGGAAGUCUUGUGAGCUCUUCAGAAUUUUUUUGUUUCAGUUCAAUUUUUCGCUACUAAAGGUAGCUUGAUAGGGAGAGAAGUUAGAGACAGGCAUGAGGAGGUUUUGCCAGAAUGCUGGCUGGUAGAUUUGUGGAUCCAGAAAUGAGAGAAAUAAGCAUGGAAAGAAAUGGUCACGAGUGGCUUUGAAUCUCUGGAUGGUCAUGAAUUUCGUUUUAGAAAAGUAUGUUUUUCUCCUUUUUUUUUGUUGCACUCACAGCUAUAAACAUUACAAUACAAUACCAUGAACUUAAAUUCAAAACUCAAUGUCAAAUGAAGUCCUUUUGUGGACUUCUGAGGUCUGUAAGCAUGCCAUUUGAGACAUCUUUCACACAGUUACAGAGCCUAAAUUUGUUAAUUUAGGCCCUCCAUACAUAUGUGAACUCACAACAUCAUUUUGAAGGCAUGGUCCUGAUAUGGCAUUGGGAAAUGUUACUUGCCAAAGAAAGAAGAAGAAGAAAGAAGAAUUGUGUGAGGGAAUUGUGGUAAUGCUGUGGCAUUACAGACCUAUGUGUGUGAUGUGUUCUGGUUUUCCUUCACUCAAAGGAAGCAUGCUAGUUACACCUCUACAAGUAAACUAAAAAGGUUAGAUUGAAAAGCCUACUAAACUAUGCUAAGUAUAUCACAAACUUUUUCAUGCAUUUUAUAGCAUAGUUUAGUAGGCUUUUCCACCUAUCAUUUUAGUUCCUUUUAAGUUGAAUCCACAAUAUUUUUUCACAGUAUUCUUUGGCAAUUUUCAAACUGGUCCAGACCUAGAUUUUUAACUUUUGAAGAUGAUUUUUUUUUACAAACUAACACAUGGAAAGCAAGAUGAAGUCAAGCCUCACAAGAACAAAGCUAACUAAUAAAGUACAUGUACAGAAAUAUUCUGCCUAUGCAACACUACAGACACCUCACUGUGGAAGACAAUAUCCUAACCGGUAUGAACAAGUACUGUGUUAAUAGUGAUUUAAAGGGGACAUUGUUAAGUUUUCCAGAGAGUACACCAUGUAACGGGAGGAGGGGGUGGUGAUUUAGUCAGAUGAACUUGAACUACCAGAUAUUUUACACUCCCUGUGCCUGCAUAUUUUGAAGAAGUUUUGCUGUACAUCCGGAAAUUGCAAUAAGUCAGUUCAUGGUAACAACUGUGCAUGCACAAGGAGAUGCAUUGUGGGUAGUACAUCUUUGGCAUAUUACCCACAAUGCACCAUGUUGUGCAUGUGCAGUCCAAACUGUGAACCAGCUUAUUUGAAUACUGUUUCUAUAUCGGAAGGGAGGGGGUGGAUGUAUCUGGUAGUUAAUGUCUAUCAUUGGGGGUAGGAACCCUUGUAAUUACUAGAAAUGUAAUCACUAUUUUUGCUACAACAAAGGGAAAGACUUUGCUAAUUUUUUGACAGACCUGUGGAGAACAGAAGCUUUUGCACCAUGUGUAGGUACAUGUAUGUAGUACACAGAGAAAUCCUAUGUGCAAGCUGGCCAAAUAAAACCAUUUUCCACAGGGUGAGUUAGUGGACAGAUCUUGUAAGUUGUGCCCAGAAAGCUACGUUGAGGUUGAGCAUAUGACUUGAAACACAUGCAUCCAGCAGUCAAACUGUAUGCAACAUUUUUUGCACAAAAUUUUGGUUUUGGUAGUUUUCACCCCAUUUCACUUCAUGGACGUAUCUCAGUGCCAUCAACAACUCCUAACACAUGUCCAAACUGAAGUGUGGUAAAAAUACUACUUGCACAACAUGCGCAUUCCAUCAUUUUUAUUGUUGUGCAAGCAAAAUAUGUGUUGAAUACUUUCUCUUUAACAUUAGGUUUUAUACAAGAUACAACACAAGCCGGUACUACCAAAAAUGAAGUGUAUGCUAAAGUAUGGGUAAGAAAUUGGUUUGUGAAAUAGUGUAAUAAUCUAGAUUGGUCAAUCUGUCCACUUCUUGCCCUUAUGGAAUGUGGUAUAAAACCAAGUAGUCAUCACAAUAACCUGGUUCGUGGUUUAAAAUGUGCAUGUGCACAGUCAAAGGUAAAUCCCCCUAUCUUUUAAACAGUUCUUGUGUAGACCAUGCUAGAUACAUCGUUCAGAUGUGUUUUGUUUAUGUCGCAGGGGCCUUCAGCUUUGCAUGUGCAUGUGCUGUUUAAACCUUGAACCGGCUUGUAGGAGCUUCAGUGAAGUUGACCCCAGUUCACCACUGUUGACCAAGUCUUAUGGCAAUACAUGUGUACAGAAACAUUUUAUACAUGCCAGUAGUAAGAGGAAACCUUGCCAAAUGAUGUACAGAAACUUUUAAACACCAGCGCUGAUACUUGGGACCCUGGAAGCUACUUACUGCAGUUUUUUAAAACUCUCACUUCUAGUUCCCUUCUUAAAGGAUUUAGAACACAGGCAGUGAUUGGCUGACUGCCCAUUUGGCAGAGCCAAUCAGAAUCACUCUGACAAAAAAUGUAUCCUGAUUGGUCAAAGGUAACCUUGUAAGUAGAAACUGACCAAUAAGGAAAAUGUAAUCUGAUUGGUCAAAGGUAACCUUGUAAGUAGCAGCUGACCAAUCAGGACCUUUGAUCAAACAAGUGGUAGUUUUCUCUGGUCCUGAGAGGAACAAAGUGGCUGACAGUGGUUAACAGGUAACUUUUUCUGCAAGAUCACACAACAAAGUAGUAAAUGUAAAUUACGUAGAGGGUUUUCAAAGAAACACAAGCAAGUCAAGGAAAAAUUUGAGCAUUUAUGUAGGCUGUAUUUUAUGUAUCAACUUUCCCUGCUUUCAUGUUAAAGAUCUUGUAUGAAUAUAUAAUCAAAUCUGUAAUAGUGCUAGUGUGAAAAUGGUGGAUCAAAUUUGUACCCAACUGAAACCAACUUGUUGAAAUAAGGCAUUUUUCUACUAGGUUUUAAACAAGUUAGCUCUGUAACUUCAAAAAGUACAGAAUUUAGAAGACAAAAUGUCUCGAGGAAAAAUUGUGUAUAGCAACAGCUUCAAAUAGUGUGUCUGCUAACCACAGUUAAGGAUGAACUGUAAAAUUAAGUAAAAUGUCUUAAUUAAGGGUCUGUAUUUUGAGUGUAACCCCAUUAUAUAUAUUAUAUAUAUUCAUUUCAUCAACUUGCUAUAUGGAGAGUUGCCACCUUCAAAAAGUGAAGUUUAGUUCCUAUAUUGUCACACAUUGCCAAUUGUGGAAUUUGGAAAAGAAGUAUGGCAGUAUAGAAAGUCUGAGUAUUUGAGUGUGUCAAGCACAUGCUGCUUUUGUAAAUUUCACCCUCACAUAAGAACAAAGGUCAAAUCGACAAACUGCUUUCAAGUUAAGAUGGUGCAGAUAUUUUGAUGUCUUCCGAACUGUAUAUCACUUUUUACUUUCCUUAGCAAGCGAGAGUGAAAGAAGCUUUUGUUUCUGUCCGAGAAACAGUAUAUAGUAGGUGGAAGGUGUAUUUAUUCACACUAUAAAUGAAUUGUAUUGGAGAUGGCCGUGGAAAAAAAUAUGAAAUUGAAAUUAGUAACCUUUUGAAAACACCUUUACUGAUACUUGGAUUGUGUACCGCUUUGUAAAGGGGGAUAGAAUGUUUGCCCAAAUUGUAAAAUGGCUGCCCCUGUGUAUGUAAAUCCAAAAUGGCUGCUCCAAAGGGAUUAUGGGCAAUACCCAUAAUCCCUUGGAGGCAUCCAUUUUAGAAAGUAUGAUAUUUUCACACACUUGAUCAAAUAGAAGAUACUUUGUAUGGCUGUUAUGAUAUGAAAUUUGUGUAGGGGGAAGAUGUACCAAGAAGAAAUGGAUAACUUGUGUCGGCAACUUUAUUCUUUAUUAUUUCCUCUAUAUACUGAUUCACUUUUGUAAAUAUUGUACCGUUUGCCUUUCUUAUGGACAGGACAAGACGUUUAACUGCUGUUUAAAGAUGAGCAUCAUAGUUAGGCUCAAAGAUUGUUCUAGAAGUGACCACAGCUUGAUGCUGUAGAGAGUAUCAUAAUCAUAAAGGAAGCAUAAUAAUAAUAUCUCCUAGGUGUUCACUCCACCAAGAACCCCCCUUUUUCAUGAUACUUUUGAAGUUUUAUUUCACUGCUGUAGAAUAAUGUACAAUGGGUGGAGGACCAGGGCUUAUGGGAAAGUUUUACCUUGUAAUUAUGGUUUUCUGUGGUGUUUAAAAAACGAGGCAUCGUAGACUAAUUUUGUUAUAGAAUGGCAUGUUGGAGGAGACUAUGAUUAAUAAUGUACACAUCUGUAUAUACCCAUAUUAUAUAGAGCAGUUUUUUUCCUUUGGUAAUUUAGUUGUAGCAGGUUUCUGACAAUCUAUUUUAAUACAAGGCAAUACAGUGAUGGAUUGUAAAAA